AUGAAGCCAUCCUACAUCCCCAGUCUUCAUCCCAAGACAUCAGACCCCAGCCUACAUCCCCAGCCUACAUCCCCAGCCUACAUCCCCAGCCUACAUCCCCAGCCUUCAUCCCCAGCCUUCAUCCCCAGCCUACAUCCCCAGCCUUCAUCCUCAGUCUUCAUCCCCAGCCUAAAUCCCCAGCCUAGAUCCCCAGCCUACAUCCCCAGUCUUCAUCCCAAGACAUCAGACCCCAGCCUACAUCCCCAGCCUACAUCCCCAGCCUUCAUCCCCAGCCUACAUCCUCAGACUUCAUCCCCAGCCUACAUCCCCAGUCUUCAUCCCAAGACAUCAGACCCCAGCCUACAUCCCCAGCCUACAUCCCCAGCCUACAUCCCCAGUCUUCAUCCCAAGACAUCAGACCCCAGCCUACGUCCCCAGUCUUCAUCCCCAGCCUACAUCCCCAGCCUACAUCCCCAGUCUUCAUCCCCAGCCUUCAUCCUCAGACUUCAUCCUCAGCCUACAUCCCCAGUCUUCAUCCCAAGACAUCAGACCCCAGCCUACAUCCCCAGCCUAAAUCCCCAGCCUACAUCCCCAGCCUACAUCCCCAGUCUUCAUCCCCAGCCUACAUCCCAAGACAUAAGACCCCAGCCUACAUCUCCAGCCUACAUCCCCAGUCUUCAUCCCCAGCCUACAUCCCAAGACAUCAGACCCCAGCCUACGUCCCCAGUCUUCAUCCCCAGCCUACAUCCCCAGCCUACAUCCCCAGUCUUCAUCCCCAGCCUUCAUCCCCAGCCUUCAUCCCCAGCCUUCAUCCCCCGUCUUCAUCCCCAGCCUUCAUCCCCAGCCUUCAUCCCCAGCCUUCAUCCCCAGCCUACAUCCCCAGCCUUCAUCCCCAGCCUACAUCCCCAGCCUACAUCCCCAGCCUACAUCUCCAGCCUACAUCCCCAGUCUUCAUCCCCAGCCUACAUCCCAAGACAUAAGACCCCAGCCUACAUCUCCAGCCUACAUCCCCAGUCUUCAUCCCCAGCCUACAUCCCAAGACAUCAGACCCCAGCCUACGUCCCCAGUCUUCAUCCCCAGCCUACAUCCCCAGCCUACAUCCCCAGCCUACAUCCCCAGUCUUCAUCCCCAGCCUUCAUCCCCCGUCUUCAUCCCCAGUCUUCAUCCCCAGCCUUCAUCCCCAGCCUACAUCCCCAGUCUUCAUCCCCAGCCUUCAUCCCCAGCCUACAUCCCCAGCCUUCAUCCCCAGCCUACAUCCCCAGCCUACAUCCCCAGCCUUCAUCCCCAGUCUUCAUCCCCAGCCUACAUCCCCAGCCUUCAUCCCCAGCCUUCAUCCCCAGCCUUCAUCCCCAGUCUUCAUCCCCAGCCUACAUCCCCAGCCUUCAUCCCCAGCCUACAUCCCCAGCCUACAUCCCCAGUCUUCAUCCCCAGCCUACAUCCCCAGCCUACAUCCCCAGCCUUCAUCCCCAGACUUCAUCCCCAGCCUACAUCCCCAGCCUACAUCCCCAGACUUCAUCCCCAGCCUACAUCCCCAGACUUCAUCCCCAACCUACAUCCCCAGACUUCAUCCCCAGACUUCAUCCCCAGCCUACAUCCCCAGACUUCAUCCCCAGCCUACAUCCCCAGACAUCAUCCCCAUACUACAUCCCCAGUCUUCAUCCCCAGACUACAUCCCCAGCCUUCAUCCCCAGCCUUCAUCCCCCGUCUUCAUCCCCAGUCUUCAUCCCCAGUCUUCAUCCCCAGCCUACAUCCCCAGUCUACAUCCCCAGCCUUCAUCCCCAGUCUUCAUCCCCAGCCUACAUCCCCAGUCUUCAUCCCCAGCCUACAUCCCAAGACAUCAGACCCCAGCCUACGUCCCCAGUCUUCAUCCCCAGCCUACGUCCCCAGCCUACAUCCCCAGUCUUCAUCCCCAGUCUUCAUCCCCAGUCUUCAUCCCCAGUCUUCAUCCCCAGCCUUCAUCCCCAGCCUACAUCCCAAGACAUCAGACCCCAGCCUACGUCCCCAGUCUUCAUCCCCAGCCUACAUCCCCAGCCUACAUCCCCAGUCUUCAUCCCCAGCCUUCAUCCCCAGACUUCAUCCCCAGCCUACAUCCCCAGUCUUCAUCCCCAGCCUACAUCCCCAGUCUUCAUCCCCAGCCUACAUCCCCAGUCUUCAUACCCAGCCUACAUCCCCAGCCUUCAUCCCCAGCCUACAUCCCAAGACAUCAGACCCCAGCCUACGUCCCCAGUCUUCAUCCACAGCCUACAUCCCCAGUCUUCAUCCCCAGUCUUCAUCCCCCGUCUUCAUCCCCCGUCUUCAUCCCCAGCCUUCAUCCCCAGCCUUCAUCCCCAGCCUUCAUCCCCAGCCUUCAUCCCCAGCCUACAUCCCCAGCCUACAUCCCCAGCCUUCAUCCCCAGCCUACAUCCCCAGUCUUCAUCCCCAGUCUUCAUCCCCAGUCUUCAUCCCCAGCCUACAUCCCCAGGCUUCAUCCCCAGCCUACAUCCCCAGCCUACAUCCCCAGUCUACAUCCCCAGACUUCAUCCCCAGCCUACAUCCCCAGACUUCAUCCCCAGCCUACAUCCCCAGACUUCAUCCCCAGCCUACAUCCACAGCCUACAUCCCCAGCCUUCAUCCCCAGCCUACAUCCACAGCCUACAUCCCCAGACUUCAUCCCCAGCCUACAUCCCCAGCCUACAUCCCCAGCCUACAUCCCCAGCCUACAUCCCCAGCCUACAUCCCCAGUCUUCAUCCCCAGCCUUCAUCCCCAGCCUUCAUCCCCAGUCUACAUCCCCAGCCUACAUCCCCAGCCUACAUCCCCAGCCUACAUCCCCAGCCUACAUCCCCAGACUUCAUCCCCAGCCUACAUCCCCAGCCUACAUCCCCAGCCUACAUCCCCAGUCUACAUCCCCAGUCUACAUCCCCAGCCUACAUCCCCAGCCUACAUCCCCAGCCUACAUCCCCAGCCUACAUCCCCAGCCUACAUCCCCAGACUACAUCCCCAGUCUUCAUCCCCAGCCUACAUCCCCAGCCUACAUCCCCAGCCUACAUCCCCAGCCUACAUCCCCAGUCUUCAUCCCCAGCCUUCAUCCCCAGCCUUCAUCCCCAGCCUACAUCCCCAGCCUACAUCCCCAGCCUACAUCCCCAGUCUUCAUCCCCAGCCUUCAUCCCCAGCCUUCAUCCCCAGCCUACAUCCCCAGCCUACAUCCCCAGCCUUCAUCCCCAGCCUACAUCCCCAGUCUUCAUCCCCAGCCUACAUCCCCAGACUUCAUCCCCAGACUUCAUCCCCAGCCUACAUCCCCAGCCUUCAUCCCCAGCCUUCAUCCCCAGCCUACAUCCCCAGCCUACAUCCCCAGCCUACAUCCCCAGCCUACAUCCCCAGUCUUCAUCCCCAGCCUACAUCCCCAGUCUUCAUCCCCAGCCUACAUCCCCAGUCUUCAUCCCCAGCCUACAUCCCCAGUCUUCAUCCCCAGCCUACAUCCCCAGCCUACAUCCCCAGUCUUCAUCCCCAGUCUUCAUCCCCAGUCUACAUCCCCAGACUUCAUCCCCAGCCUACAUCCCCAGUCUUCAUCCCCAGCCUACAUCCCCAGCCUACAUCCCCAGUCUUCAUCCCCAGCCUACAUCCCCAGUCUUCAUCCCCAGCCCACGUCCCCAGACUUCAUCCCCAGCCCACGUCCCCAGCCUACGUCCCCAGCCUACGUCCCCAGCCUACGUCCCCAGCCUACGUCCCCAGCCUACGUCCCCAGCCUACGUCCCCAGUCUACGUCCCCAGCCUACGUCCCCAGUCUUCAUCCCCAGACUUCAUCCCCAGCCUACGUCCCCAGUCUACGUCCCCAGUCUACGUCCCCAGUCUACGUCCCCAGUCUUCAUCCCCAGACUUCAUCCCCAGACUUCAUCCCCAGCCUACAUCCCCAGACUUCAUCCCCAGCCUACAUCCCCAGUCUUCAUCCCCAGACUUCAUCCCCAGCCUACAUCCCCUUCUGCGUCUACAAUCUACUGAACCAUAUGGUGAUGAUUAGAAUGAGUUGAUUCUGACUGAAUAGAUUUUCUGAUCUAGAUUUCCAUAUGUAUUAACUCUUUUUUAUUUAUUUAAUUAUUUUACCAUUUUAAAUUAUUUUAUAAUUGCAUUUGAUAAUUGUUGUGUCCAUAAGCUUCCCUUAUUAAUUGUUCAUAUUUCAAUAAUUAAUAUAUUUUCAUGAAUGUACAGGAAAUGUAGAGUCGGGUCCAGUAAUUAUUGACACCAUUGAUAAAGAUGAGCAAUCAUUGAAAUAUUGAGCUAUAUUGUAUGCAAAAAAUGUAAAUUAUUUUAUCCUAGAGAUUUUGUUUAACAAG